AUGGCCAAGAAACCCUUCAAUUGGUGGCUAUGGACAAAGAUGGCAGUGGUGGGCACUGCCAUCAUAAUUGGCGGUCCAGCGUUUGUGAGAUAUGUGCAACCCACAGAUGAAGAGCUCUUCCAGAGAUACAACCCUGAGCUCCAGAAACGGAGUCUUGAGCGACGGUACGAGAGGCAAAAGGAGUUUGAUGACUUUGUCACAAAGCUCAAGGAGUACUCCAAGUCCGACAAGCCAACUGAGGCUGAAAAGGAGCAGGCCAGGAACGCUUCGGUUGCUGAAGCUCUCAAAAUGGCCGAGGAAAUCAAAGCCAGGAAAGAAGCCAUCAGGAGAGAAGCUGGGUUACCGGCCCAAUCUGGGUCAUCUGAGGCCGGGAGCCGGUAA